UCGGCUUUUGCAAAGCGUCCUAAGCUGACGUCAGCCCGGUACCGAUGAACAACCGGUAGCGUUGGAGAGAGCGGCACUGGAGCCCGCGGUUUUGUAGCUUAGUCUGCUAAUCCCCCGUCAGAGAAACGUGUUAACACCAUGCCGUUCGAUGUGAGGAGAUUCGAUAUCUACAGGAAAGUGCCAAAAGAUCUCACCCAGCCCACAUACACAGGAGCUUUCAUUUCCAUUCUCUGCUGUUUCUUCAUACUUUUCCUGUUCCUGUCUGAGUUGACAGGAUUCAUAGCCACUGAAAUUGUAAAUGAACUGUAUGUGGACGAUCCUGAUAAAGACAGUGGUGGGAAGAUAGAUGUGAGUUUAAACGUCAGUUUGCCAAACUUACACUGUGAUUUGGUGGGUUUGGACAUCCAGGAUGAGAUGGGCCGCCAUGAGGUCGGUCACAUAGACAACUCCAUGAAGGUCCCUCUCAACCAGGGAGGGGGUUGUCGCUUCGAGGGAGAGUUCACCAUCAACAAAGUACCGGGAAACUUCCACGUGUCGACACACAGCGCUACAGCGCAGCCCCAAAGCCCCGACAUGACCCACAACAUCCACAAGCUCGCGUUUGGGGAAAAGCUUCAGGUACAAAAAGUGCAAGGAGCCUUCAAUGCACUGGGAGGAGCUGACAAGCUCUCGUCUAAUCCCUUGGCCUCACACGACUACAUCCUGAAGAUUGUUCCAACAGUGUAUGAAGACCUGUCUGGCAGACAGAGGUUCUCCUACCAGUACACGGUGGCCAACAAGGAAUAUGUCGCCUACAGCCACACGGGCAGGAUCAUCCCGGCCAUCUGGUUCAGAUACGACCUCAGUCCAAUCACAGUCAAGUACACAGAGAGGAGGCAGCCCUUCUACCGCUUCAUCACAACGAUCUGUGCCAUCGUCGGAGGGACGUUCACUGUGGCAGGCAUCAUCGACUCCUGCAUAUUCACCGCGUCAGAGGCCUGGAAGAAGAUCCAGAUUGGAAAAAUGUCAUGAGGACCACUCCCCCCUCCCCCCUCCCCCUACACAUCUUAUUUAUAAGUGCAAAGUCGCUAGCCUGUUAGCUAAAUCCAGUCCCACCGGAAGCAGAAGUGGCUCCGGCAGUCGGAUGUAACUACCAGGCUACACGCCACCACCGCACCUCCGUUACUGGAGCUCCUCUCAGGCUCCAUCUGCUCCACCUGACGACACACGUCUGAGAGGAGGGGGGAGCUCUUCUGUUACUUGUUACUGUGGAGACAAAGUCUUUAAAGUAUCGCGUGUCAGGGCUCAAGCAGUGUGGGAGAUUUUGAAGGGAGAUUUUUUUUUUUUUUAGAAUGAAGUAAAGAUUUUGUGCUGACAUUCAAUGUUAUAAAUAUGAUCAAGCACCAUUUGACUCAAAUCUGUGCACUCAACAGGUUGUUAGUCAUAGGGAAGUUUGUCAAUCCACGGCUGAAUGAUUUACAGGUUUAAAAAAAGAGGGUGAAACCAUUGAUUACUAUUUUCAGCCCAAUUUAUUGGCCAAUCAGAAAAUCCCUUUAACUGUACUACAAGGGACUGAUUAUUUGAAUGAAGUGUAUUUGUUUUUCUGCAUCACGUUUCAUGUUAGAGUUGUUUUCAUCCAACCUGCCAUUUUAUCUCCAGUAUUCAAACUUGGUGCCUUUUGGUUGACUGUUCCAUCUUAAAGGACUAUGAUCAUCUCUUAUUAGUUUGUCAGUGGCUGCCACUAAAACCAGAGUUGAUUCCAUUCAUACCAGAUAUUUCAUCAACACUGUAAAAGCUCCUAGUUUUGACUUUUUGUCCAUUCCAUUUCAGUGGUUUCUAAAAGUGUAGUAGAUCAUGUCUUGCUUUUGCAAAGAAAAAUUCAUUUUGAAUAUUUUUUUUUACAUGGUACCCGAAUCUGUUUACUGAGUUACUCUGUAAAGUUGUAAAUUGUAAAAAAAAAAAGAAAGUUUGGGUUUUGUUAGAACAGAACUUGGAGGCCCGAUAUUUAUUUGUUCCUCUUUGGGUUUUUUUCUUUUUCUUUUAUACUCAUCAGCUUUUCUGAUCAAGGACAGUGAUAAUUACAAGCCCUCAGAACUUGUCCUAAUACUGUUAAGGUCCUCCAUUUCAAAUUCCUCUGUAACGCUAUGUGUUCCUUAAGUAAAGGUUCCAUAGAAGACA